UAACAAUAUUUUCGUCGCUUACAGAAUGCAUCUCUCAGAGAUGAAACGGUUACAGUAAUUUUUAUCGCUCGCUUUCCUUUGAGAUUUCCAACAGUUGCUGCCGUUUUUCUCAAAAGAAAUUUAUAAUGUUUUCGUGCAACCGACAAGCGACGAUAACAACACAGCAGCAGCUGACUGGCGACGGUGCCCGCGACCCGCACUGAAGUUCCUGAAUAUAUUGUGUGGAGCGUUCGCGUGACGUGUUUUUAACGUCUGGCCAUCCAUGAUUAUAUCCGUUUAUCUCUAGUCUCUACGGCGCAUACGAUUAUUACUAUUACUAUUAUAUAUAAACACGUCGUGUGACGUAUUAUAGUAGUUGAUUAUAUGAAUAACGUAUAGUAGUACAUGGUACACUAAUAAUAAUUUAUAUAUACACAUGUAUUUUGAGUACGGUAUGAUUGAGAUUAUACAUAGAAUUAUAAUAACAUUGGCACGCGGGUGGACAGCAGCUGUCGGAGAAUUUUGUGAUAACAGUCGAUACCGCUGCCGGUUUGUGUACGUUUAAUGAUUGGAUUUUUUACGUUUUCUUUCCGAGUGGACAAUCUAUCCCCAGCUUUUUUUCCGCCCUUUCACGCGUGGUAGCAUUCAGUUGUGCGAUCUGCGCGUGCCAUUUGUGAUUCAAGAGUGUGUGUGUGAUGUCCGACAAUAGUGACAGUAACAGAUUGUUUGGACGCGGUAACGUCUAUCCUUCCAGCGAAGCAAGUGCGGUGGUCGAUACGCCGUCGAGACAACAAACAGCUGCGGAUUACAAAACAUUAACUAACAAAAGUUCUAAUGACAUUUUAUCUGAAUACUUAUUGUUGGAGUUGGGGCAGAGUAAAAAGGAAAUAUUCAACUAUGUGCAUUUAAGCCAGUCAAUGAGAAUUACUAACAUCAGUAAUAAUAAAAGAUUACUCAACACGAUUUUGCACUCCAAGGUAAUAAACACACAAUUAGAAAUAGAAUUUGCAUUAUCAUGUAUGGAAGUUGACGAUUGUAAAACUCUACACAAGCCUUUGCAAGCUAUUAAUAGAAAAGUCCACAAGAACAUUGAUGAUCAUGAAGAUAGAGAUGACUGGAAAUACAUAGAUGAUUAUGAGAAUAGAAAAGAUCAAAAGUACAGAGAUGACUGUGAAAACAGAGUUGACCACAAGGUUAACAAAAUAAUGUCUUCAUCUAUUGGUCCAUUGAUUUUACAAUUUUCACAAUUAGAAGAAUCAAAUUUCAAAAAUCAAUUUUUUGUCACAAGAAGUUCAUUUCAAAUAAUUUGUCGUCAUUUGAUGCAAGAAUACGGAAGUAUGGCAUACAAGAGGACUGAAAUAGAUGUUGAAAAACAAUUGCUGAUUACUCUAACAUAUUUGGGAACUGUUCUAAGUUACAAGGAAAUUGGAUCAAAAUUUAACGUUGCUAUUAGCACAGCUCAUAAAUGUGUUAAUGACGUCACAACUACAUUGUUUAAACGUAUGGGUGAAUUUAUCUAUUGGCCAAUCAACCAACAAGCUGAUUCAGAAAUAAAAGCAUUCAAUGAAAUGCCUGGAAAUAACUUUCCUGGUAUACUUGGAGUCAUUGGAAUGGUUGACUUGAAAAAAACUUGCACAGCCAAUCCAUCCAAACAUACCAAAGAAGGAUCUUCAAUCGCGAUUCAGUGUGUAUGCAACAAUAAAUAUCAGUUUUAUAAUGUUUUCACCAGUUAUUUACUCAAAUCAUCGGUUACCACGUCAACAUUUCUAGAAAGUCCAUUAGCUGAAAUGAUUCUUAAUGAUCCAGACACACUGUUUCCCAACAGCUGGAGUCAUAUUGUCGGACAAUGUUGUUUCCCCCUUUUACCCAAUUUAAUGACUCCAUUUUCCGGUGAUACUUGUAAUACAAUAUCACAAAAUACCUAUAACGAUGCCAUUGAGGUACCAUUAAACAUCAUUAAGUUAGCAUUUGGAAAACUAUUGGGGAGAUUCACAAGACUAUUAUGCUUAGAUUUAUGGGGACAAGACAAGUUUGCCAUACUAAUAUUUGCAGCUUGUUGCUUACACAACCUAUGUUUAGGUAACAAUGAUGACAUACACUGUCCACCUUAUGAAUGCUGCACUUUCAAAUGUGAUUAUUAUGAUGAGUAUAGUGUUCAAAAACGCCGAGAAAUAUGCUCCAAAUUAAAAUCUUAAGUUCUAUAAAUAAUGUAUGAUAUAUUUAAUAUUUAUACAACUUUGUACAAAAUGUAUAA